GCCUGGGCCUGGGGGACGGCGGGGACGCCGGGCUGGGCUUGGCAAAGAAGAAAAAUCCUCUCGCGGGAUCCCGGCGAGUCGGGUGCCUCGACGCCCUCCGCCUUAGCUGGCUGAAUCCCUGCCAGGCACGGUCAUGCAACGACACUCCUCCGUCCUGAUAAAGUAUAUUGCAGUGGAUCUGAAAGUGAUAUAAGAAAGAAUUGCUCUUGGGAAGAGAAGCCUCCCUGCAAGGCCAACCCUGAAGAUGUGGACUGCCAUUGUAUUCUUCCUGCUGAUUUCCUUCUGUGUAUGCGGACACAGGUUUUCGGUCCUGAAAGGGAGAGGAGUCCAUGUGGUGCGAAUAAACGGGCUUACAACUGAAAAGCAGUGCAGGCAGGCUUGUCAAAGCCCAGGUGCUUCAGGUAACCAUCACUGUAACUGGGCUGUGCCCUACCAGAACCGCUGCGUCCUCUUGCAGUGUCACCAGCUGAGCGUGUGCCAGAAUGUCAGCGAACAAGACAUCGAAGAUCUGCUCGGAGAAAUUUUCAGUGGGAGAAGGGAAACAGUCCUGUUUCGCCACCAAAGCUAUCCACAGGAAAAGGAGAGGAUGGUGAAUGCAUGGGUUGACCGACACAAUGUGGAAAACCCAUUUUCCUCAACUGCUCGGACUCGCAAGUUUCACUUGAGGCAUUUGCUUGGUGAUGAGAGUGAAGAUGUAACAACAAAUGCAAGAAAAACAAUUGCAAGCACUGCUACCACCACUGCAGCGACCACCACUGCAGCGACCACCACUGCAGCGACCACUACCACUGCCACAGCCAUAACAAACAUUACAAACUCAACCGUCCUCACUACAGCUUCUGAAACAACUGCCAAAGCCUCAAACGCCUCUGGAGGUUCUGAUCUCCCUGCUGAAGCCAUGCCAUCCACUGCCUCUUCUCCCACUUCCAGUAACAUCUCUGCUUCCACUUCCAGCCAUGUCACCACGCUUGUGACCACCACCGAAAAAUCAGGAAACAGUGGCUCUGGCUCAGUAUUGUCCCCCACUUCUACUCCUGCUCCCCUCGCUCUCACUUCUGGAGCAGGUACUCAGAUGCCUCAAACAGAGCGGUUUGACCCAGCCACCACCAGCACUCCCCUCUCUAGUAGCCCCACCGCUGUUGGAGCUGGCCUGAAAACCACCCUCAUCCCGCAGGAUGCAGAAACAUCUUCCACUGCUUCCACUCGUGCCACGGCACUUACCCACUUGGAGACUUCACACUCUGCGAAUCUUGUUACGUUGCUACAUCUAGAGCCAGAAGCAAGCACAACCACAACGUCCUUGAGUAAAUCAACUUCUCUUCUGGGCUCUACAAGAGGAGUCACGGUUUCAACUGCUGCCUCUACAGCAGAAAGCACGACGGGGCAUGGGAUAAAGUCAACAUCUCACAUUUUUCCAACAACCACGGCUCCAGCAGAUGCACCCAAAACAACAGCUUCGAGCCUUGCAGAAACUCGGGACACAGACAAUGAGUAUCUUCUCAUUGCUGCUGAGCCCCUGACUCAGUACUUAGUGGAUAAAAGUUCACUUCUUGCAGUGCUUUUAGUUGGUACGGUUUUUUUCAUAACUGUCAUAGUUCUUCUCCUUAUGCAGGCCUACGAGAGCUACAAGAAGAAGGAUUACACACAGGUGGAUUACCUGAUCAAUGGAAUGUAUGUGGACUCGGAGAUGUGAAAGGGUGGGGAUAAAACAGUGGGCAGAGAGAUGGAAAGGAGAUUGAAAGCCUGCCUGACUUGUUUUUCUUUCCUAUUUGCCUAUAACACAGACUGAAAGUGCUUCCAAAUUUACUUCUGGUGCAAUUGAGGAGAAAUGCCAUGUACUGUAUUAUGAAAAAAAUUAAUAUUUUUUAUUCAACUGUGCAACAGGUUGCUGUAAAAAAAAAAAAAAAAAAAGUAGUCAUUUUUAAAACUUCCAUAAUGCACAAUAGCUUUGGCCAUUAUUUUUCAUUGCAAAACAAACCUAACAAGGGGUAAGCCAUCAUCCUCGGAAAAUGCUCUGGCGCUUUUUCAGCUGUUUACAGUGCAAGUUCCUUGUGUUUCAUUCCUUUCACGUGCGCUUCUCUGAAAACACAGCAAAGGAUGCUCUCGCCUUGCGCGAAGUGCUCUGAAAUAGUCAGAUGAGAAUUGGGAGUAUAGCUGCAACAGGGAACGCUUAAUCCAACGUGUGUGUCAUGUUUCAGUACACUUCUUGCUUGUAAAGAGGUCUGUUUACAAGACAUUGUAAACUCUGCUUACUGCUAACCCAAGAUACCUUUUCACCAUGGAGCGGAUUACUGUGCCUCUGCACUUAAAUGAUCUUAUUUUUGUAUUCACUUAAUAAACGGGGCCCUGGAAGGGCAUAUCUUGUUGCA